AUGACUCGGUACGGGGGCCUGGGCCGGACGCGCCCUAAAAAGCUCACUGCUAAGGCGUCCAUACCCAUCGUUCGCGAAGAUGAGAUCGAUGUAAUCGACGACGAACUCCAGUCUACACUCCAACAGAUCGAAACCGGCGUGGAAAAGGCCGAAGAGUCCGAAUUCCACUUACAAGUCGCGAUCAAUGCCACUGCCAAAGGCAAUGUUAAUGCCGCGCAUAUCCCAACCCCUGAAACUAUCCUCAGUAACCUCCAAUAUGACGAAUUGUAUCCUCCAAUCUUCUCGCAGCCUUCGACAUAUAUCAGGUUCUCCUCCACGGUGGAGGACUGCUGUGGCUGUCCUUAUAACAUGAACACAGAGGACGAUGUCUUUCUCAAGAUCUUCAAUCAGAAGAACCCGGAUGCCCGGUGUUCAGAAGAUGAGUUUGAAGCUACAAUGAACUUCUUUGAGGAGACUGCCGAAGCCAAACAGCCAUUCGCGGCCGUGGAUAGCCCGCCCGUUCUGGCAUUUGCGGACAUGGAAGAUUCCAUGGAUGCUGCAGUGGAAGAGUGCGUGAAGCGCUUUGCGAAAGACAUCUAUGAGCAUUGGAAGUCACAACGAAUCGCAGCCGGAAAUCGUUCGCUUGAGCCACGCUUGAAGUUUGAGACUGGCCAGGAUACUGAUGACAGCGAUCCGUAUGUCUGCUUCCGUCGUCGUGAGGUUCGUCAGAUCCGCAAAACGCGUGGUCGGGAUGCCCAGAGCGCGGAGAAGUUGCGGAGGCUUCGCAAGGAGCUUGAAGAUGCGCGGCAAUUGGUUGCCUUGGUGCGUCAACGUGAGGUUGCUCGGAAAGAAGUGCUUUCCAUGGAACGAACCCUGUUCGCACAGCGCUCUGAGGUUAGGGAUAUGAAGCGCAAGCUCAACAUCAAGGACGAUGAUGAGGACCUCAUUAACCAAAAGCCCAAGAAAAAGCAACCCGAGAUGGCAUCUCGACAACCCACUGCUCCCCAAAUACGCAUGCCCCUCAAGGCAGGAUUGCAAGGGGCAGAAGAUCUUCAAUUAUUGGAAGAUCACCAGGCGGAGAAGGAGAACGAGAUUAUGCGCGAUAUCAAGCAGAAUAUCGCAAAGCACAUCAAGUGGAACGAGGGCUUUGUAGACCACACCCGUGCGCCGCUGUCACCAUCCCCAGAAAGGACAUUCGACAAUGCGGCUUUCCGUCCGGCCUUUACUGCACAAUUGCCCACUCCGCCAUCCUCAGAGGCAUCGGCUGAUGCAAUGGACACGGCACUGGACGUCACCAGCCCCCUCUCCGGCGGGGGGAUAAACUUGCCUCGAGGGCCAUGGAGCUGCAUGAAGAACCGUCUCGUAUACCGUCAUUCCGGAGACGAGUUGGUCGUGGCGGAAGAAGACUCCGAUGAAGAGUCCUCGUAUGAAACGGAUGGUUAUAGCAUUCAGAUCAUGCAACACCGGGCCAUCACCAUGGCCAAGGCGCGGGAACAGGCCGCAGUAGCUGCUCAUGCGCAGGCGCAGGCGCAAGCACAAGCAGCAGCUCAGGCCCAAGCCCAACGACGAUUGCAAGCCGAUCAAGCCGGCAAUGCCCCAGGGCCGAAUGGAGCUCCACCAGCUCCGCCAGCUAUGGUCGCUGCACCAUCGGAGGCUUGA